GGAACCUGAACUAUACCUAUACAAAAACCCUGUGAGAACUUUAACAUGUUUCAAAGAGCUUGCGAGUCCAAACGGAGGGAUAUUGAAACUAAAUUAAGACAGUAAACACAAUUGAAGAUGAAGAUGAUGAGAGUGGAAGAUUGCUUGAUGGUUUAAAUGUAGACUUUCUCCUCUGAAGACGAAAAAAAGGUCGUCUGGGCCCCAAAAGUGCACUGCUAAGCCUCAGCUAGAGAAGAUUGGUAAAGUAAAGGCCGCAAAAGCAAAAUUCGAUGACCAUGCAGUGCCCGCAGUGUUGUCAAUCGGAUGAGGCGCGUGAGCAGGAGCGAAUUAACGCGGAAAUUGAAAAGCAACUGCGCAGAGAUAAGCGAGAUGCGCGCAGGGAGCUCAAACUGCUAUUGUUGGGUACCGGUGAGUCUGGCAAAUCGACGUUUAUCAAGCAGAUGCGCAUUAUCCAUGGCGCCGGGUACUCGGACGACGACAAAAGAUCGUUCAUUAAGCUGGUUUACCAGAACAUCUUCAUGGCCAUGCAGAGCAUGAUCAAAGCGAUGGAUCUGCUUAAGAUCCAGUACGGGGAUGGUACCAGUCGCGACAAGGCCGAGUUGAUUAAGAACAUUGAUUACGAGACGGUAACCACGUUCGAGAGCCCAUUCGUCGAAGCCAUAAGGGACUUGUGGAACGACGUGGGAAUACAGGAAUGCUACGAUCGGCGUAGAGAAUACCAAUUGACCGAUUCCGCUAAAUACUAUUUGAGCGACUUGGAGCGAAUAAGGGCGCCAGACUACUUGCCUACCGAACAGGACAUAUUGAGGGCGCGCGCCCCAACCACGGGCAUAAUCGAAUACCCCUUCGAUCUAGACAGCAUUAUUUUUCGAAUGGUCGAUGUGGGCGGGCAAAGGUCCGAGAGAAGGAAAUGGAUUCAUUGCUUCGAAAAUGUGACUUCCAUUAUCUUUUUGGUGGCACUGAGCGAGUACGACCAGAUUUUGUUCGAGUCGGAGAACGAGAAUCGCAUGGAAGAGUCCAAAGCCCUGUUUAAAACAAUUAUUACCUAUCCUUGGUUCCAGCACUCUUCGGUUAUACUGUUCUUGAAUAAGAAAGAUCUUCUAGAAGAAAAAAUUAUGUAUUCCCACUUGGUCGAUUAUUUCCCUGAAUACGAUGGCCCUCAGCGCGACGCCAUAGCAGCUAGAGAAUUUAUUUUAAGAAUGUUCGUCGACCUAAAUCCGGAUAGUGAAAAAAUUAUUUACUCUCACUUUACCUGUGCUACUGACACUGAGAAUAUAAAGUUUGUGUUUGCCGCCGUCAAAGAUACAAUCCUACAGUCGAACUUGCGCGAGUAUAAUCUGGUUUAGAGUUACUUUAUUUUAAAUUAAGGUGAUCGGCUUAAGUAUCGUCCCAUUUUGAGUGAAACGAUGACGGUUCGACGGCGUAGAACAAGUGAACAUUUAUUGUGAAGAACUAAUUAACUGUCUAUUAUAUGUAAUCUGUGUCAAGUUGUGCUUCACUUGAUGUGCCAUUUUUUUAUACAGACCGGACUCUCCUCUGUCUACUUUUGCGUCUUAUCGACCACAAAAUUCAUUGUCGCUGUAUAAAUGGUGGUCCAUAAAGUCGACAGCAAAUGGAAAACGUUUUUAUUACUAAUUAUUGCUAUGAAAAUACCAUUUUUGAUGAAAUUUAGUGCAUUAUUGAUAGACGAAACCAACAAAUUGAACUUCCCAAAAUGAAAUCGAUGGUUUUGCACACAUCUCAACAACCUACUGUGUACAUACUACAUAUAAAGAGUUUUCCACCUACGGAUUACAUUUGCUAUUAUUUACCAGUUCGAUCAACAGUCUUGGUUUAUAUUGUUUAUAUUUUGAUGUAAUCACCGAGCACAAAUUACUCAGUUCUCUUCUUCUCGACGUUCAUUUCAAGCCAGUUUUAAACCGCAAAUAUCGAGCAGCUCCAGUGUUUCUAUGUUGUCUAUGUAAUUCAAGCGGAACCAUGAUCAGGACACAUUCUGAACCAACCACCUGCCAUCUACAUCUUUGUGGGCGGAGUCAAUAUGGAUAAUUUCAUCAUAGUUAACCCACCAGAACAGUCGUUCAAGCAAACCUUACGCUGAACUAAAAACCCAUUGGUUUUGGAAAACAUUCGCGAACGUUCGCAAACAACUCGUGUGUGCUCGUCCGAACUUUUUAGUGCAAUUGCUGCUCGUCUACCGAGUUUGGACUACCGAAAAUUAGACUCUGAAAUACAGUUGGUUCAUCCGUGAAUGUUCGCGAGCCAAUCGUCGUUGCUCAGGUUGAGGGAGAAUUGGUAUCUGAGUUUAAACUCGUUAAAGGUUCCGGCUUUGAAAAGCAUUCGCAAACGUUCGAGGCCAAAGGACAUUCGCGAACAAAACGAGUUCGCUAAUCAGAACAGUUUAAUGGCGGAUAUUCACUCUUUAUCGACUUUAGUCAUCGUAAAGUAGUGAUCACUUUGUUCGCGUAAAGAAAAGCCUUAAAAGCAUCCAAAAAUGUACCCAGUUUGCAUUUUUGCAGUUGUUUAAUAUCAACUUAGAUCGAUAGAGAAACUGUAUUUAAAUUCACGCAUUGAAGCGGAACUUCAACAAUUGCUUCUUCUUCGCCCACUUAGUACCAGAAGAAUGCCUCAAGAGGCUCUGAAAUUGUUUAGAGGUGUUGAUGAGUUUAAAAUGCUUAACAGUUCUGGCAAGCCAAAGAACUUUCGCGUACAAAACGUGUUCAUCCCAACUAUUUACUGGCAGAUCUUGAGUUUUGCUACGUUUUCAUCGACGCCGGGGAAAGAUCGUCUUGAAAAAACCUCACAAGCCACAGUUUAGCCCAAACCUAUUAACCCAAACUGAUUAGUGCCGGUUUUGAAUCUGAAAUUAGACCCUGAAGUCCAUUUGAUUCAUUCGCAAACGUUCGCGAGCAAACUCUCGGGCUCAGCAGAUCUUUAUAGUAGCAGAAGAACACAAGAAGAGAAGUCGAAGACUUCGCGAAAGAUCGUGUUGAACCAUACUCAAAAUAGAUAAAAACGUGAAUUUCUUAUACACUACAAGGCACUAAAAUUUGAACUUCUUAGUUUUUUACCGCUUGUACCUCUGCUCAAGUCGACAGGGGAACGGAAUUGGAAUUGAUGAAAGGAAAAUAUAAAUCUGAUUUGAGCGAACCUUCGCGAACAAAUCGAACACGAUAGUAGCAAAACCCACAAAGCGGACAAUAAAGUUCGCAAUUUUAUGUGGCUUUUCAUCUCUGCUCAGAUCGAUAGAAAAGCGUAAAAACCGUGUUUAAUAGCGAACAGUUCGUGCGUGCUCUGCAACAAUUGCUUCUUUCACGCAUUUAGUAGUCGUAGAGUAAUCACUUUUUCAGUAGAGAAGCUGCAUUUAAAUUAGUGAAGAAAAAAUUCGCAAAAGUUCGCGAGUAACUUAAGCAAUAGCUUCUAAUAAUUCGGUAUUUUAAAACCGAGAUAUUCGGCAAGCAGCUUAGAAAGCGACAAAGUUGACUUCCAUUUAAAAUUUGUUCUUCAUCAUUCCUCUACUGAACUAAUUCGGUCAUUUUUGGCAAUUUCAUGCCUAAUUCGAGAUGAAAUCGGGCAAAAAUGUUCUAUGAAAUCUGUUUGUUUCUGGGUCGGUCGGUGUUCAAACGCAGGUUCUAGGCCUGCGCCUUGCACGCUUAGCGAGCAUGCGCCCCUUCUGAGUGCAAUUUUCAUUAAAGCUCGUGCCAUAUUGUCUCCGCCAACAAACAGUGUGGAAAUCGACACUCAAAACCUCCCUGUUUACGUUGUUUACACAUUGUGAUUAAUGAAACUUGCAGAAAUUUUUACACAAAUUUACGGCACAAAGAACGCACAUUUGAGGGCCUCGAGACUUCAAUUGCCUCCAAAAACACUCCCAUCUACUGAUGCGAAUCCAUGUAGUUGUUUUAUUAGCCGGAAUGUUGCGGGCAACAGUAAUGAGAGUGUUUUUUGCAAACUCUUUGGAUUAAGUAGUGUUAAGCACAUAGAGUAUUGGGAGGCUGAGGGGAUGUCUUCAUAUGACUCCAAAAUCCAGAUGGUUCUUUUGGUCCGAAUAUUGUUUGCAAAGUCGGCGUUUUAUCAAGAAUGUCAUUUUCUGAAACAAAGUUUCCCAUUGGUUUUUUUUUGGUUGGACUAUCUAUACGUUCAUGUAGAACUAUUGUUUUUUUGUAAUAAAUUUCGCAAAAGUUUCGUUUAGAACUUAAUGGUGGGCGCGCUAAACAGCGACGCAAUCUCAUCUUUGUUGCUGGUUUUUUUGGCAUCAUUAUCAUACCGAUUUGAACCCGACAAUUUGCUGGACGUUUUGUCGCUCUUUUGUGCGCCCAUUCCAUUUGUGUGGGUUGUUUUUAUUGAAUGUGACCCAUUAACUAUUGAGUAACCACAGCACAAAUCAUAUUUAUCGUAUAACAUAGAUGAAAUAAGGCUUUUUCUAUUCUUCAUAACCCCCAGAAAACUGUACUUCUUGUAAGUAAUCAUAGAAAAUUCCAAAAUCAGAAUUUUAUGAACAUGUAAACGUUUGUACUAAAGACAAUACAUUAUGUCUAAUCUUA